GUUCUGCUUUUUGAUAGACAUUGUUAGAGAUCAGAGUAGUGGUUCAGAAUUUGGAAAACAGUCCAGAUAGGUAUUUUUCUCCAAAAAUAUUCCCUUCAAAAAUAAUGUUUGAUACUCAAUACACAUUGUUUAUAUUCAGUAGCAUAAAAAUACAGUAUCACAGACAUGAACUUUUUCCUUUCUAAAGAGUGCUUUUAAAUUAAAUACCCCCUAUUCCAUAUUGGCUAUGUUUAGAUAAAAAUUGGAGGUGGGGAGAGAGAGGAGGUUAGCAUGCCUGUGGCUUCAGCCACUGGGGAGGCUAAGGAUCUCUAGAGCUCGGGAGCUCAGGACCAACGUGGGUAAGCCUGUCACAGAACAUACCAGACAGAACGGGAGGUGAGAGAAUACCUGAUUUAAAUUGAUGAAGGCCUUCAAGCAUGCAGUGAAGUCUUGUAAAGCAAUUUUCUCAGACAGUGAACAUUCUUUUAAAAAAGACAAUAGAUUGGAUUUCGAAGGUUUUCUAGAGGUUGACUCCUUUCUCACCGAAAAGUAAAUUUUUCUUUUUUUUUCCCCUUGGUCUUUUUCUUUUUUAUUGGUCCCAGGGAUCGAACUCACGACCACACACUUGCAAGGCAGGCGCGCUUAUGACGCUGAGCUAAAUCGCCAGCCUCUGAAAAGUAAAUUUUAUGUAGACAGAAAUCUCACAUUUUUUCUGGUCCGUUUACAUUUUUAGGAGGGUAGUGGUUUAAGCCUACCCUUUGCUCCUUUGUUUAAUUUUCACUAAAGGUGAUAAAUUGCUUAAGUGUUGAGUGGCUAUGUGAAGAGAGAAUUUUUUUAAAAGAGAUCCAACACCUGUGAGCAGGAAAUGGGAAAGGUACCUUUACUGUAGCUAAGCAUGAUUCUGUUCUAAAGUGUCAGCAACCUUACAACCAAACCAGUCCACUUACAAAAUUCCAGGUGUAGUAAGGUUAAUUUGACAGUGGGUCAUGAAACAGUCUUAUCUAUUAAUAAAGUACUAACCAGUGAACACUAAUUACUGUCCUGUCUGCUCACAGAUUUAAGAUGCCUACGGUAUAAAAAUAUUUAAUUUUCUAAACUUGCUUAGAAUUAAGAUGAAAAAGCAGUCUUAGGAAUUGCUUUAUUUCUGUCAUGGAAAUGAAUUCCUUUUGAAAGCCCAUUAAGUGGAGUAGAAUUUCACAGAAUAGAAUGUCUAAUUUAGUUGAGUAGAAAAGGUAAGCAGGAGGAGGUGGGGAACGGUAAAUACAAAGUACAGGAGAAAUAAUUUCCUUCUAGCUAUGAGAAGUGAAGAGGAAACUGGUAGGUAAGAUACAGGCUGCCUCAUUCCUAACAGAUUACUUGUGGCUAGUCACCAGAGUUGUUAAGGGAACGAAAUCCAGACAGUUUCUCUGUAAAUCUUAGGUCUGCAAUGAAGGUUCAUAGUAAAUAAGUCUGAGGAGGGGAAAUGCUUUUCUCCCAGUAAUUUUUUUUCCAAUACAAGAUUUACACCUGGACCAGGACACCGUGGAGAUUUCAUUUUUGGCAGUGCUGAGCAUUGACACAGGCGCUCACACAUGGCAAGCAAGAGUCCUACCAUCGUGCCGCACCCCAGCCCAAGCAGAUGGUAAAGUCUUCAGAAAACUGGCAGUUUCCUAGUUAAACUAGUUUCGUAUGUUGGUUUCUGGUUUUGUAUCUUAAAGUUCCCAGGCUACUCCAGCUUGCAAACAGCUAUGGAUAUACUGUCUGUCUUGCAGUGGUUGCCCUGCAGCCAGUUCUUCAGGUUUCAUUAUUCUCUGCUCUCCAUAUCUUAGGCAUAUAAACCUGCAACAUUCACGGUAAUUGGUCUGUAGCUUCUAGUUUAAAACUAGGGAAGAAUGAGUUGUCAGGAACUGGACACUGUGAACGAGGGAGGGAAGAUCAGCACAGCAAAGCUUUCUACCAUAAAUCAGCUUCCCCCCUCGCUGGCACAUACGGUAGGUGGCAGAGAUCAGGAGUUCAGGGUGGUUGGUGGUCAGAUUUUUGUGGUCAGACAUGGUGUUUUAUUUAGUUUCAUCUUAGGUUUUUUGUGAACUCACCCUUUAUUACCCUCUGAUUCUCAGGUUAGUUUAGGCUUCCGAGAAGCUCUUUUCUAUGAACUCGGCACUUCGGUUGAACUCCUAAACCAGCACCUGCCGAGGCGGAGACCUGCUGUCUUGGAGGUGCAUUUCCUAAGCUGAAACACUCAAGGUUGUAGAAUGUUUGGCUUUUGCAGAAAAACAGCUGAGAUGCUAAGUGGAAGGAUCACAGUGUUUGUAGAGCAACCUGCAGUGCGGACCUGGAGGAGUAACUCCCCUGGGGUGACCCUCCUGCUGCCUCCACGAAGACCUUGCCAUGACCUUGUUCUCCACCUGGCUGACAGCACUGCUGAGAACCCAACUGGAAUCAGGGGUUUAGUACUUUGAACAAUGUUUUUACUAUUCCAGUUUCUGCUGUUUUGCCUCAUAACUAAAAGUUCCUCGUGCUGAAAACUUUUUUGGAAAAAGUGUUUAUUCACAUUAAUGUUUUAGGGUAACGUGAAGCUGGAUUAGAAUGACUAAGUAUUUCCUAAACCUGGACGUUUUUCGGAACGGGAACAGUAGGAAUUACGUGGGACAAUGGGCAUAAACCAAGGCUGCCUAGCGGAAACGAACUGUGGUUGCCCAGGUAGUAGUAAUUCGAUGGAUUUUAUUCUGUUUCUAAUGAUUUCAUUUAGAAAUAAAUUUUUUUCAGAGAUUAUUGCUUUUUUUAUAGGAAUAGCUCUGUUUCUCCUGAUUUCCUUAUGCACACCAGUGCGUACAAUUUGAACUUUGAUUUUUCUUCAGUGGAGAAAAGUAUUUUUAAACAUCCUUAGAGGCACGUGUUAUUACUAGGCAAAUGUAGUGUCCCGUUACAUUCUUAGCUUUUAACUCAGAACGUCAGGCAGGCGGUCAGUAAGUAAGAUAGCUGUCCCUGAGUCUGUAGCUCACUUUCUCCCCGAGGGCCUUGGCUGGAUCCCAGCGGAUUUCCAGCCUGCAGACCUGAGCGCCUCCCCCACCCCCAUGAAAAUGUCUUAAGGCUGGUCUACCAUUAACUUACCAGCUGUGAAAAAAAGCCUGCAUGUGUUUGAUACUCAUUUACAAUAAAACAAAAAAUCGCUAAAUGAGCAGUGACCUUCACAAAGGAUGCCAGUGUCUACCUUUCUUGUAAUAUACCUCACGUAGUCACGUUUACCACAUAAGAGAACACUGGGCAGUAUGACCGGACACAUAGUUUACACUUACUGAAGUAUCCUUUUACAGAGGUUGAAGUGGAAAUUUUCCCAUUUUGGGAAAUGGGAGCCAAAUUAAUAGGCUGAUUGUGAAGAAAAAUCUAAGACCUGAUUGUUUCCCCAAACUAGUUUUUUUGUUUUAUUUUUAUGUUGUUGUUGUUACCCCAUAUCAAACUCAUGCCCUUGUACCUGCCAGGCAAGCGCUUGUGCCACUAAGCCAAAUCCUGGGCCCUUCCCAAACUGUUCUAACUCUGCACUACUUACAUUCAUUAAUAGGAUACUUAAAGAAAAACAACGCAAUUAUUUGGUUUUUAAAAUUUGGUGAAGAAUCAGGCAUAAUGCUGUACAAGAGUAAUCUCAACAUUUAGGCAAGUUCAAGGUCAGCCUUGGCUAGACUGUCUUAAAAGACAAAAAGGUAAAACAGUAGUGACCUCUUUUGAGAUCCCUUUUCAAAGAGUUAGAACCCCAAAAGAAAGUAGUGUCACUGAUUUUAAAGAGAAAAAUUGUAUGUUAAAAAAAUACCUUAGAACUUAGAAAUGUAAUUCCUUGUGUUUAAAACAAACACACAAACAAACAAACAAACAAACAAAAACCUUAGAACUAAGCGCUCUUUAAAAAUUGCACUUGGAAGGGGCAAGGAUUUAGCUCUGCAGCACAAGCUCCUGCCUGGCAAGCAUGUGAGGUCAUGAGUUCAAUCCUUGGUACAAAAAAAAAAUUGCUUUUGGAGACAGUAAUGUGUGUGUGUGUGUGUGUGUGUGUGUGUGUGUGUGUGUGUGUGUGUUUUCAAACCUAGGCCUGCUAGGAAAGCAGUCUACCACUGAACUACAUCUGUUGCUCUAAUAGUAAUUUUUUCCCUAAUAGUAAUUUUGAAAAGCAGCAUUAGAAACUGAAAUUGGACUAUUAUUGGGUGUACACAAUGUCAAAUGCUUAUGUUAUAGAAAGAUUGUUAAAUUGUGAGAAAGGCAUAUUUGUACUUUCACAACAGAUAAUUCCAAAACCAGAAGCUGUUUUUAUUUUUGCAGCACCAUAUGGUAUUCUUUUCAGUUGUUCUAAGAGCAGAUUUUUUUUCAUUCUGUGUCUAUAAUUUUUUAUAUUGUGCUAGUUUCAAUCUGAAUAAAGUGACAUUAUGGGGAUCUAGGGUGAUUAGAUGAAAAUUUUGGCUUUAAAAGGCCCAUUGUUGAGUGUGGAACAGCCUAAUUAGCAAACAUUUUUGAGUUUUGCUCAUGCCCUGGUCUGAAUCUAUUCAUGUUUCUUCAAGUGGAGUAAGCCUGAAGGGGUCCUCAUCCUGUGUUAUCAUCUAAAUAGUUCACUAUGCCAACCUGACUUAUACCUUGGAAGUUGCUUAUUUAUUAUCAUUUAAGUUCACAGUGCAAGAAAUACGGGCCUGGAUCUUUCAGGUGGCCACUUACGCUAUAGCAUGUUAGCAAGCAAGGUCACAGUUACAUGCUUUAGAGUCUGUUUGGUAGUCUUUGUUGCCCCUCCCUUUUAAAACUGGAUCAAAAGGAAAAAGACAGUUGCCUUUAAAAUUUUUAAAAUAAAGGGCUGAUGAUACAGCUCAGUGGUAGAAGGCCUGCCUGCGACGCGCCAGGACCAAGUUCAGUCUCCAGCGUGCCUGUUUCAUUUAGUCCAUUCUUUUUGGUGCCUUGGAAUCUUCUUGUUCAGUUCAGCUUCACAGGGGAAUCGAUGUACUUUCUUCUAAGGACAUUCUACUUUGUUACUGCUAUGUACUAUUUGUAUAUUCUUUUGUGAUACUCUAUAAUACUCUGACAAGUGUAUCUAGGCUAUAUAAUCAAGAUCUGGGUCUUGGGAAUAAAUAAAAUGAUUUAUUAAUGUUAAAAAUUUAUUAUACCAAACAUAAUAAAACUUUUUGGCAAUAUG